CUCAAGUUGCUCAUGGCUGUCACUGAAAGCCACUAUGCGUACCAAACUGAUGUACAAGAGAUACCGAAGGCUGAGGACGUCGAAGAGAAGCUGCCUAGCCCUGCUCACGCUCCUUCCGAGGCAACUCAGUCCCAUGCAGACGGGUCCUCCAAUUCAGCAGCUGCAAGCAAGACUGAGGGACCAGCGUAUAGGCUGCAAUACAUCUUGAGCGGGCACAGAAGAUCCGUCUCGUCGAUAAAGUUCAGCCCAGACGGGAAUAUGCUUGCCUCAUCAUCUUCGGACACACUCAUCAAAAUUUGGGAUACAGAGAAAUGGGAGAUGAUCACCACACUCGCUGGUCAUACACAGGGCAUCUCGGACAUUGCAUGGUCACCAGAUGGUGAAUUCCUCGCGUCCGCUUCUGACGAUAAGUCGAUACGAUUGUGGAGUUUGGAAACGAUGGAGACUGUAAAGGUUCUAAACGGGCACACGAACUUCGUCUUUUGUGUCAAUUUCAACCCGAAGUCAAACCUGCUUGUGUCUGGUGGAUACGACGAGUCUGUACGUGUGUGGGAUAUCGCACGAGGUAAAACAUUGAAGACGCUACCGGCGCAUUCUGACCCUGUCACCGCCGUAACCUUCAACCACGAUGGAUCACUCAUCGCAUCUUGUGCUAUGGAUGGUUUGAUCCGGAUAUGGGACGCAGAGUCUGGUCAAUGCCUGAAGACACUAGUAGAUGACGACAAUCCGAUAUGCUCUCAUGUCAAGUUCACUCCAAACAGCAGAUUCAUUCUUGCCUCCACGCAGGACUCAACGAUCCGACUGUGGAAUAUUCAGUCAUCUCGAUGCGUGAAGACAUAUGCGGGCCACACAAACCGCACAUUUUGCUUGUUCUCUGAUUUCGCUCCAGGCGCGAAGUAUAUCGUGAGCGGAAGUGAAGACGCGAAGAUUUAUCUCUGGAAUGUGCAGACAAGAGAGGUGGCACAAGUAUUGGAAGGACAUAAAGAUGUCGUGAUUGCAGUCGCAAGUCACCCAACUAAGGCGGUCAUUGCGUCAGCAUCUAUGGAGAAGGAUUUGACAAUCCGCAUAUGGGCCGAUCAGAGUUGUGGGAUGGAACGGGACUCGCCCGUUCCCAGUUAAUUACUUGCUAUCGAGUUGCAAAUUCUGCCCCUCUGUGUGAUGAUCAGCUGUAAGAGUAUGUGUUUACUGCGAACCCGCCCAUCCAAUUAGUUCAAGC